UGUGAUUGAUAUUUGAUAAAUUAACAACGAACCAAUCAGGAAACCUUAUUGACACAUCAAAGAGAACAUUUUCUUUUUUCGCAUCGGUGAAGUGCACAACGUUUACGAUUAAUGCGAUUCAGAAUAAAAAAAUAUAAUUCGUAAAUAUUUUCGACAAACUUUUUAUUAAUUUCGAAUUAAUUUGUUGAUUUUUCCGUUGAUUAUAGUGAAAUUAUCUUUUCGAGAGAGACUAUAUCAUUGUCGAGAUUGUUUUUUUUUCUACAACUGUCGCGGGAGUAAAGUGAGAAAAUAUUCUUAAUUAAUAAGUUUAAAAAGAUGUGUGAAUUAUAAAAAAGUUAAUUUUAAAUAUUUCUUAUUAAAAUAGAACGUGCUAUGUAAUAAUUUGCAGUAUAAUAAACGUUUAUAUAUUGCGACAGAGAAUGUUGGAGGUUAUAGAUAUUCGGAAAAUUUUAUAUCUUCAUAACGUGCUUCAUACCCUCCAGCAUACAAUCAUGUGGUACAUGAUGAUGAUGAUCUGCAUAAAAAGUGAUGAUGCUCAUUCAAAAGGAACACACGAAAAUAUUGGAUGAAAUGUUCAGUGGGCUAUACCUGCAGCUGCUGAUGAGUUACCUCACCAUCUGCGUGAUUGGAUUUCAGUUAGUGGUAGUGGCGAUGAUGGCCUGAUGAAAUAUUUUAAAAUAUAUACAUAUAUAUUUACGAGGAGUGUACUUGUGAGCUUCAAUGAAAACACCAGUUGGAAGAAUCUAUCUCCGAGUAGGUGGAUUGAUGCGAAGAAGAAAGAUCGAGGGUAUAUAUCGGCUCCACGCACACUACACAUAUGGAUCCGCCCUUCGCUGGAAAUCCUUCAUAUUUUGCAACUAAAAAGGGACAAAAAGAACAGAGGACAUCAUCGAGGACAUAAUUGUUUUUUGGAGUUUGUUUUCAAAAAUUUGGUACAUGGCGCGGGUGUAUUCGAGCUGAGGCUAAGAUCAUUUGUAAAUGAAUUCGGAAAGGAUAGUUUAGGAAAAUGUUGCUCGGGAAGUACAACAAGAACAGGAGAAUGUUCGGGUGCAUGUAAAAUUCGUUUUCGGGCGUGUCUUAAACAAUAUCAAAAUACAAUAGACACAUCAACGUCAUGCACCUAUGGAGAUGUCAUUACACCUGUUCUUGGUGAAAAUAAUGUCAAUUUCACAUCAACAAAAAUGGUCUCAAACAUCAUCAAUCCCCUUAGGUUUCCAUUUGAAUUCUCAUGGCCGGGUUCAUUCUCGCUGAUAGUGGAGGCGUAUCAUGACACCGACAACAUCACGAACAAUACUUCCGAGAAAGUCCUGUUGGCAAGAUUAGCAACCCAGAUGUGGUUGGGUAUUGGACCAAAAUGGAUAGAGGUUGAGGAGCAAAAUGCUCAUUCGCUGAUGGCCUACGGGUUCAGGGUGAUAUGCGCGCCAAACUACUAUGGGCAAAAGUGUGAGAAUUUCUGCAGGCCUCGGGACGAUAGAUUCGGGCAUAACAGCUGCAGUCCGACCGGUGAACGUAUUUGCCUCUCGGGAUGGACCGGUGACUACUGCAACAAACCCAGCUGCCUGCCCGGAUGCGACGAGCAACACGGACACUGCAAUCGACCCAACGAAUGCAUAUGUCAUACAGGAUGGAAAGGACCAUUUUGCGAUCAGUGUGAAAUGUAUCCUGGUUGUAAGCAUGGAAUUUGUCACAAGCCAUGGGAGUGUCUUUGCGAUGAGGGCUGGGGUGGUCUAUUCUGUAAUCAGGAUCUCAACUAUUGUACAAAUCAUAAACCAUGUCGGAACAAUGGGACAUGCUUUAACACGGGACAAGGUUCUUAUACAUGUUCAUGCGCUCCUGGUUUUACUGGGACUGAUUGUGAAAAAUCACUUUUGGAUUGUCACGCAAAACCAUGUUUAAAUGGUGGUCUGUGCAGUAUGGAACAACGUGGAAAUAGUGGUAGUGGUGGUAAUGAGACAACGGCAAUUGGAAAAAUAAAUUCACAACGUGCUUAUCGUUGUACAUGUCCAGCGGGAUGGCGUGGUCGUCAUUGUGAAAUUAGUACAAGAUCUUGCCGUGAUAUGCCUUGUUCACAUGGUGCAACAUGUGAGGAUGACUCAUUGAGAGGAUAUACCUGUUUGUGUCCACCGGGUUUCACUGGUCAUGAAUGUGAAUUGCAAAUCGAUGAAUGUGCACCAAAUCCAUGUUCAAAUGGUGGAACGUGCAGUGAUAUGGUCAAUGGAUUUAAUUGUAGUUGUCCAUUGGGUUUUAGUGGUGAACGUUGUGAAAUUAAUAUUGACGACUGUCAGGGUGAUCCAUGUUUAAAUGGAGGGACUUGUAAGGAUAUGAUUAAUCAAUUUCGAUGUUUAUGUGUACCGGGUUUUGUUGGACGAUUAUGUCAGGAUAAAGUUGAUUAUUGUCAAACAAAACCAUGUGCAAAUGGUGGUAAAUGUAUAUCGGGUACAAAUGAUUAUCAAUGUCAAUGUAAAGCGGGUUUCACUGGUAAGGAUUGUAGUAUUUUUGUCGAUGAAUGUAAAAGUGGACCUUGUCAAAAUGGUGGGAGUUGUCGUAAUGUGGUGAAUGGAUUUUUGUGCGAGUGUCCAGAGGGUUAUCGUGGUGAUACUUGCGCUGAGGAGGGUUCAGCGGUGGCGGUGGCAUCGUCGGCUAUAAAUGUACCACCAUCGGGUGCGAGUUAUUGGUCGGGAAAUCUUUCGAAGCAUGUUGCAUCGGCUGAGGCAAGAAAUGAGGGUUUAACAACGGAGCAUGUUGUUGUUAUUGCAACAUUAUCGACGGCAGUGCCGGCGUUUGUUUUGGUGGCUGCAAUAGCGGUGAUGUGUAUGAAGAGUCGACAGAAGAGGGAACAGGCAAAGGCUGAUGAGGAGGCGCGUUUACAAAAUGAAAGAAAUGCAGUGCACAGCAGUAUGAGUAAACGUGGUGGUAUUGGCGGUGGCGGUGGUAAUACUGUUGGUAUUAUUGGAAAUGGCAAUGUAGGUGGUUUAUUGAGUAAUGGCAAUGGAAUUGGUAGUGUUUGUACACUUGGCGCUGGUGAUGCGCAUAUGAUUAAAAAUACAUGGACAGCAAAUAAAAGUGUUAAUAAUGCAUCGGUGAGAGAGGAUCUUGAUUCUUCGUUUCAAACUGAGGAUAGCUCGUGCUCGGGUUAUAAGCCUGAGCCUGUUCUUCAGGAUGGAAGAUCGAGAUCGACAAAGCAGCUGAAUACGGAAGCUGCUGCGCAUCGUGCAUCGCAUCUUUUUCAAAAGGAAAAAGAAUGCAGUGUUAUGGAAUCAAAGAGGACAUCCGUUUUUGCCGGAAAUCCAACAGUGGGAGGAACAGUUGGAUCGGACUCUUGUUGUGGGGAGGCGGCAUUAUUAAAAAGGCCGAGUACGCUGGGGGAUGGAAGUCCACCCAGUGGUGGUGGUGGUGGUAGUGGACCCAAUUCAGAAAGUGGAUGCGGUGUUUACGUGAUAGACGAUCAUUAUAGGCAUGACGCGGCUCUCGCGGCAACACUCGCAACUGAAGUGUAGCCGAAAUUAUAGACUAUAUUUAUAAUAUAAAAACAAAAAAGUAAAAAAAAAAAAAAAAUUAAAUCCUCAAGACUUUUUUUCUUUUGUGUAGUACGAUAAAAGAAAAUAAGAGCGGCAAAUGUGUUCUCGGUGUGUUUGUGUUGAUUCGUCGACGUUUAAAGAGUGAAUGCGCGCCGUUUUUUUUUUUUUCGUACGUCUGCUCUCGAAAGCUGUUAAACUCUAUUUUGCAACGAGAACGAGGCUUGUUGCAAAACGACUUGGUAUAAAAAAAAUGAAAAUUUUUAGAGAAAAAGCGACGAAAGAGCGAAGAAUGCUGUGGGGGUCGCGCGCCCCGUCCGUUUAUAAGUAUUAAUAUUAUCAUGCUCGAAGCACUUUUGUACAGAACUAAUUUAUUAUAUUUGUUAUUUACUAUUACUGUGAACGCUAUUAAAUAUUAUUGUCACAUUAUGUCACACACAUACACAAACACUUCACACAUACAUACAUACACACACACAUUAUGUUCCAGUAAUUAAGAAUGAAAAAAAAAAAAAAUAUCUAUGAAUGAAUAAUGAUGCGAUGAUGAGAAAUAGAGAUUAUAGUGCGAUAUAUAUAUUUUUUUUUGUAAUUGACUUUUUUUAGAAGGAUUUUUUCUUUUUGAAUUUCUUUAUUUCGACAGUAUUGAAUAAAUCAUGAGAAAGCUGAGUGAAGGGAUAUAUACGUAACUUUCGAAGCGCAUCGCUCACAUCAAUUCAAUUAUUAUUUAAUAUAAGAUUAUAUUAAUGAUGAUAUUUCCAUUAUUAAUAAUAUUUUUUUAUUAAUAUUUUUCCUAUUAAUUUUUUUCUUCAAAUAAUAUUUCUUCGAUUAAUAUUAUUUUUUAUUAAUAUAAUGAUUAUUUAUUAAAUAAUAAUUAAUGUAAAUUUUUUUUUUGUACAAUUUUUACAAAUUGUUCCUCAAGAAUCAAAUUUUGAUGAAUUCCAAAUUUGAUUUUUGAGACGUGUGUGUUUCGAAAGAUUACCCUCCCCUUCUUUUUUUGUAAAAAAUGUCGAUUUUUCGAAAAGAAAUUUUUUUUUUUCAAUUUUUUGACCCCAAAUCAAAAUGUUUGCUCACCAUUUUUUUUUCUCUUUUUUUUUGGAAAAAAAUUAAUUGAUGACAAUACCGAGUUUAAUUCGGUAAAUUUUUUGUGUUCACGUAUAUUUUUGUUAUAUACGUGAAAAUGAAUAAUUUUGAAAAAAGCAAACAAACAAAAUAAUUGUGCGCACAAAUGUUUCCAAAGUCCCAUUUAUAUGUUUGUUUGUGUUAUGUGUUUAAUGUUCUCGUUUUCGCUGUGAAAAACAAAAAAAAAAAAUAAAAAAAAAAAAUAAAACGAAA